UUAUAAUGUUGGGUAAUGAUCCAGCUGCAUGGCACAGGGUUCACAAAGAAAUGUGAGAUCAUUUUUGUUGAUUUGUUCUCUUAUCAUAUAAACGGACCUGAUAAAAGUGAUUAUAUGGCUCUCUGUUUACCUUUAGGAGUUAAAGUCCCACGCAAUUUUCGCUUGUUGGAAGAGCUUGAAGAGGGCCAGAAGGGUGAAGGUGAUGGCACAGUCAGCUGGGGCCUUGAGGAUGAUGAAGACAUGACUCUCACAAGGUGGACAGGCAUGAUCAUUGGACCAGCCAGAACCAACUAUGAGAACAGAAUAUACAGCCUGAAAGUGGAAUGUGGACCUAGAUACCCAGAGACAGCGCCGACUGUUAGAUUUGUAACAAAAAUUAGCAUGAAUGGGAUAAAUAAUUCCAAUGGGACGGUGGAUUCACGUAGCAUACCAAUAUUAGCAAAAUGGCAGAAUUCUUAUAGCAUUAAAAUUGUUCUUCAAGAGUUAAGGCGUCUAAUGAUGUCCAAAGAAAAUAUGAAGCUUCCACAACCACCAGAAGGACAAACCUACAGCACUUAAUCGUAAUGGAUUGUUUCGACCCUCUGUCUUAAACCUUACUCUCUUAGAAAUAUUGUGUAAAGUCAUCAAGAGGCUCACUUCGCACAUCAACAGUAUCAUCUUCAAGAUCAAGAUUGGACUUUCUUAUUACAUAGCUCAUUUUAAAAGAGAAAUGUCCCAGCAGUUAAGCACUGAAUAGAUAGUUAUGACUACAAGACCACAGUUAUCUGCUUUUUAUUAGUUUGACAAUGAAUUUUAUGUUUGACCUGUUCCAGCUUGAGUAGGCUUGAAGAGGGAAGCAUGAUGCCACACAGGUUGUACCAGAUUUCCAAUAAUUUUCUGUUCAAAUGAUGAAUCACUGAAGUCGAAGCAAAAUGGGUGUCCGAAGGCAUGUUCUGUAACUAAUACCUAGUCAAAGAGAAGCCAAGUAUUUGACUUGUUAGACAAAUUUUUAGCAGGUUCAUGGAAAUAUCCACAUUGAUGAACCUGUGACUGUAGUCUAAAAGUAGUGUCACAAGGUGAUUUUCUUUUUUUUUUUUUAUAAAUAUAUAAAUAUAUAUCUGUAUUUGACACACAACCAAUGUUUCUGUUCUGCAGCUCUUUGACAUGUAACAGACGUUGAAGCCUGUUCUGUUCUGAAACCCUUGCAUUUAACUUCUAGUGAAAAUGGCAGGUGUAUGAACUUGUGAUUUUCUGAAAUUAAAAUCACUGUCUGCAAAAAAGAGAGAAAAAGAUG